AUGACAUUCCCCUCUGUACAAUCAUCUGUGCACCUUUAUUCAAACGUGGUAGAACUUGCUAUUCGGUAUACAGAUCUGUGUGCCCUUUGUGGUCGUAAAGCGCAUGAAGGGGAAAACGGCUCCACUAAAGGCGAUAGAGCUGAGACUUCGGGAAGUUGGCAUUUUCACCUAGCGCGGUCGAAAGAACCGAUUGCCGUUUCCUGUCUCCAUGCAAUAAUGCAGCGGACAAAUAUCUUGGGUGGACGCGUCAAUCUUUUUUUUACUUUUGAACGGGUGCCACCCUUUGGUGGUCACAAGAGUCGUGCUGUCAUACAACUUGCAUCCUUUCAUUACUCGAAGAACAUGCGCUUAUGUCUGAAUGUAGCCUAUCUACCUCAAGAAGAGGUUCGUUUGAAGACCGUUCGAGCACAUGUAGACAGUGAUUGUAAUGUCUUGGAAGUUGCUUGUUGGCGAGUUUUCGUAUUUCUUGGGCGCUCCACUACUUUCCAUUAG